GGGCUCGGAUUCCUUUAAAAGUUCCCUCCAAGGCGUUCCACUGGAUGUUUUCGGACUCCUUCCUCCUCGACAGAUCCCAGGACCUCGCAGUCGGGAACGCUGGGCAGGAUGAAGCAGUUGGUGUGGCUUUUUCUGACCUGGGCCUCUGCCCAGGGGUUCCUGCAGCAGGAUUCAUCUUUGGACACCCACUGGGACCUGUGGAAAAAAACCCAUGGCAAACACUACAGCCAAGAGAAUGAGGAAACAGUCCGGAGGCUGAUCUGGGAAAAGAAUCUGCGAUUGGUGAUGCUGCACAACCUGGAACACUCCUUGGGACUUCACUCCUACGAUUUGGGGAUGAAUCAUUUGGGGGACAUGACCAGUGAGGAAGUGGCCUUUCUGCUGAGCAAAUUGCAAGUGUCUCCGCAGCGGACCAGGAAUGCCACCUACAGGUCAAACCCCACUCAGAACUUGCCCGACACGGUGGAUUGGAGGGAAAAGGGCUGCGUGACCGAAGUGAAAUCUCAGGGGUCCUGUGGGGCGUGCUGGGCUUUCAGUGCUGUGGGAGCCCUGGAGGCCCAGGUGAAACUGAAAACGGGAAAGCUGGUGUCCCUCAGCGCCCAGAACCUGGUGGAUUGUUCCUCCAAAUAUGACAAUCAUGGCUGCAAUGGGGGCUUCAUGCAGCGGGCCUUCCAGUACAUCAUCGACAACAAUGGGAUCGACUCCGACGCCGACUACCCUUACAAAGCCAAGGAUGGGCAGUGCCAAUACAACCCAGCCAGCCGUGCUGCCACCUGCUCCAAAUACACGGAGCUCCCGUACGGCAGCGAGGACGUGCUCAAGGAAACCGUGGCCAACGUCGGGCCCGUGUCGGUGGCCAUAGAUGCCAGUCGGCCCACCUUCUUUCUCUACAAGAGCGGUGUGUAUUUUGACCCAAGCUGCAAUAACACAGUAAACCACGGUGUGCUUGUGGUCGGAUACGGAAACCUCGAUGGCAAGGAUUAUUGGCUUGUGAAGAACAGCUGGGGCCUUAAUUUUGGUGAACAAGGGUACAUCCGAAUGGCCCGGAACAGCCAGAACCACUGUGGCAUCGCCAAUUACGCCUCUUACCCUGAAAUCUAGGCGGGUUUCCCUCACUGUGCCGUCCAGUCUAAAACCUGCUUCUCCUGGUUUCACUCCUACUUUCUGCCUCCUGAAAACGUGAUUUAUUUUCCUGGUGAGAACGGCUCAAGGAGCACCUUCCUCCAAUUCAAACGUGCUUGGUUAGAAAGCUCAAGUUCCAGAGGUAGGAUGGUGUGAUUUACAGACAACGCAGGACUGAUCCUCACUGCACUAGCUCUAUACAAAGCACUUUUAAGAAAGAGGAUUGUAGCUCUGUCAUGUCACAAUCAAUCGGUCCAUCUGUUGAUGAUAUUCACUGAGGGGCUUUUGAAGGACACACGGUCGAAAAACAGUAGCAACCAGGUCUCUUUGAAAAAUGGCUGAAACUGAAACUUCUGUGGGACCGAGGAGUUAUAUUGGAGGCUGUCACUGGUUACUUAUUGUCUGUUUUAAUUAGUUUGGAAAAGACACCGAAUUUUUGGAAAUUACACUGUCUGAACCAGUUGUUAAAACAUUUAACAAGUGCCCUCAUCUAAUACUCCAAACAGGAAUCACUGUAGUAAAAUAAAACAGUAGCUUUCAUGAUUA